AUGCCUAUUAUACAUACCUCUCAUCGCCUUUCUUCACUGCGCCAGCGGCACGGCCUCGUCGUCCAGCAGGCAUCCACCGUCUCCACGACCAAGUCUUCCAUCGACCCCGUAUCUUUUCCUGAUCGUCGCGAAUUCGAAAAUUUUCUUGAUUCUUAUGCCAACUCCCUUUCUGCGAAUGCCAGGCCUGGAAUGCAGCUGAUGCAAGACGAAUCUUACGAUGUCCUCGUCUCCCGACUUCUCAACAAACACUCCCGGGGAAAUUUCUACUCUCGAGCUUCUCUCGCGGACAAGUUCUUCUCAUUAACGACAGACGAUCCUCGCCGGCUAGUCUAUAGAGAUAAAAUCGUCAUUAAGCGGAGUCAAAUCUUUUCCAUUUUGCAGGAACAUCAUUGCCCCUGUUCGUCUCGGCGGAUGUACGCAUCUAUGCGGAAAAUUUACUGCUUUAUCCCUCGACAAGUUGUCAGCAAAUACGUUGAAUACUUCUCUUCUGGAGGAGCCAAGGUCUCUGGACGUAGAUUGUUGCGUUCAUCCUCAUCCCUGUGCGAUAACGACAGUGUGUCACUGUCUACCUGUCUCCAUCUUUCUCCAGAGUCUCAAGUAACUGCGCCGGUCCCAACAGUCGCGCGAUCUGAAGUCGAAUAUCGCUCUACGGCGCUUACUCCUUCUCCUGUUCACCUAUCGCAAGGUUUUGAUUUGCCAACACCGGGCAUCACUCUGCCUUCGCCGUCAACUGCCUUUUCCUCUAUUGUGCGCUCUAGGCGGCGGUAUUUGACGCCUAGUCCUUACCGCCAAAGCAAGUUAUCUUCGAUCGUAGAGCCACGUUCCGACUAUUCAUUCGGCAUCGUACGAGGAACAGAGCUGUUCGUGCACGAGUCCCUCUCGGAUCGUGAAAUCAAAGAUGAGUCCUUGCCUAUUCACCCAUCAGCUAUCUCUUGCGCCACUGUCUCUACUUCUCUCUCUUCGGCAGUCGAGACACCGCAACAUGAAUUCAACUCUUCCCACAACCUUCCUUCUCCAGCGUUCUCUGAUCUAUCAUUCAUCUUUGCAUCGCCAAGGUCUCCGCUGGCAUCCAAGACCCUUCCCGUGCCGUAUUCUAAUGAGCACGAUGAUGAUUCCAAUGGUGGCUCAGAGCUGGGAGCAUAA